AUGGUGAAAAAAUUGCAAGAGAGUGCCAAACAACCAGUACGUCAAUCUCAUCGAACUCGCAUUUUAAAUACUCGUUUGGGUACACCACCAAAAAUCCUGAUAGAUAUGCUUAAGGAUCAUUCUUCAUCUAUAGUUGAAAAGUCACUUCCGGCAGUAGUAAACAUGAAAAGAAUAGAAAAUGUUUCGCAAGAGGCAUCAAGAAUUCCGCGUAGGCAAAAUAUCAAGUUAUCAGACACUACCACCCAAUUAUCAGGUGCUAGGUCUCAUCGACAACACAAUCCAAGCAAACGGUAUACUGCAUCAUUUGAGGAAAUGCUUGAACCUGGGCAUUUUUCGAAAAGCGUUUCAAAUGAAACGGUGGCAUUUGUCUUAAAUGAAUCGAGGAAGCUCGAGGCUCCUCGAAGCUCCAAAAAUGAAUCAAUGCAUAUUUUAAGUAAGGCAUUAGACAGCACUUCUUCGAGAACUCGACAUUCUUCUCGCACUCGUGUCCCGAAUUCGCGCUUUGGCUAUUUACUACCUGGUUUUUUGGGGCAACCAGGAAAUGAAAAAAGAAGAGAUAACAAGAAAACAAAUAAUGAAAACAGAAAAGUGGACAUAUUGCCGUUGAUACCAGGGGAAGAAAAAAUUGUUUCAUACAGUCCGAAGAUAAUAUGUGGCAAAUCUGACAUGACAAUCAGGCCACGCCAUUCUGAACGACAGCGCAUUCCGAGCAAACGUCUUAGUUUUCCAGAUGUUUGCCCUAUCAUCACAGCACAGAAAAAAUCCGCUAAAGCAAGACCGAAAAUCAAAGAGGCACAUGUUAAAGUUCAUAAACGUAGGAAUUCCAAUAAGAAACCAGUAAGCAUUCUGAAAACCCAAUUAAGCAUAAAAGCUGCAUCAAAAAAUUUGUCUCUGUCGUCCAUCGCUAGUAAUCGUCAGGUCCACAGCAGCUUAGAAGUCCCGUCGAUAUUAUAUCCGUACAGGCCCGCAAGAAGUCAAGCCCUCUGCGUAGAGCCAUCUUCAUCAAUGACCAAAGACUAUAUCAGUAAAAAGGAUAUUGAGGAACUGAUAGUUGAAAUAAAUAAAGCUUUAACUCGCGCUAUUGAUGAAGAUUAUAGCGAAUUGCGUGAAAAGAUCGGUCAUCAUCUAAACAGUCUUCAUCGGGAAAACUGCCGUUUUCGUCAAGCUCUACAUCAAUUAAGAUCCGAACUAGAUGGUUUAUCAAGCAAUUCAACAAUAAACCAUUACAAUAUGCUCAUAAAACAGAACAGGAAGUUGCGCGAGCAGAAAGUCCUUGCCGAUAUCAAAUGCGAAGCGCAAACGGAGGAAGUGCGUAAAUUGUUAGGGAGAAUCAGAGUGCUAGAAACGCGAAAUAGAAGUCUGGAAGACUUCAGGAGUCGAUUAAUAGAACAAAAGAAGCAGCAACAUUUGAAUGGUGGAACAAAAUAUUCGCAUACUGGUUUGAUGAAUGAUUUGUCCAAGAUGGAAACCCAGAACCUAACGGAUGCUGAAUUAGAUUCGUUGAUUUUGAAUGGAAUUGAUGAUGGAGUUAUGAAGGGUGAUAAAUCCAAUCAUGAUGAAGUGGAAUGGGGUAACGAUUCGUGGAUGUUGCAUUGUUGA